CUGUUGCAGGAUCUUACCUGUUCCUCAGUCCAGCACUGUCUGCAGUCUUUUGGUCAUCCCCUGUACUGUCUGCAGUCUCUGGUCAUUCGCUGUACUGUCUGCAGUCUCUGGUCAUCCCCUGUACUGUCUGCAGUCUCUGGUCAUCCCCUGUACUGUGUCCACAGUCUCUGGUCAUCCCCUGUACUGUGUCCGCAGUCUCUGGUCAUCCCCUGUACUGUGUCUGCAGUCUCUGGCCAUGUCCUGUACUGUGUCUGCAGUCUCUGGCCAUGUCCUGUACUGUGUCUGCAGUCUCUGGCCAUGUCCUGUACUGUGUCUGCAGUCUCUGGCCAUGUCCUGUACUGUGUCUGCAGUCUCUGGCCAUGUCCUGUACUGUGUCUGCAGUCUCUGGUCAUCUCCUGUACUGUGUCCGCAGUCUCUGGUCAUCUCCUGUACUGUGUCUGCAGUCUCUGGUCAUCUCCUGUAGUAUGUCUGCAGUGUUUGGUCAUCUCCUGUAGUAUGUCCGCAGUCUCUGGUCAUCUCCUGUAGCAUGUCUGCAGUCCCUGGUCAUCUCCUGUAGUAUGUCUGCAGUCUCUGGUCAUCUCCUGUACUAUGUCCAAAGUCUCUGGUCAUCUCCUGUACUAUGUCUGUAGUCUCUGGUUAUUUCCUG